ACCGACCACUAACGCGCGCGACUUUUAGCAGUUGCUCCGGUAACGAGAGAUGGCAGGCAAGAAAUCUAGUGCAAAGGAAGUUAACGUGGCCGAGACAGUAGAAAGUGGCGUUUAUGUGUUCCCAAAUGGCGACAAAUAUGAAGGAAAUUACAGAUUGUCACUUAACGGAGUGAUUGAACGGCACGGGAGGGGCGUGUAUUUUUCCUCUGAUGGCACAACGUACAGUGGAGAAUGGGUCAAUGAUUCCAUGAGUGGAGAAGGUAAAAUUGUGUAUUCGUCUGGAGCUAUCUACGAGGGAGGUCUGUUCAAUAAUUGUUACAACGGACAUGGGAGAUACAGUUGGCCUAAUGGGUCAAGUCUGACAGCCAAUUUCAAAGACAUCAAACUAGAUGGUCACGGUGAAUUCAUCGAUACAACGGGAAAAGUGUGGAAAGGACUAUUCAACGGAAGGCACGCCCCUGGUCUUAGGGUGAAACAGUCCUAAAACUCUAGUGUAGAAAUUAGAGAAACUGGGGUCAAUCGUUCCAGAAAAGUUGUCCAGUUUUGAAUUGUAAAAAGAUAGAGAGUGUACUGUACAACAUAUUAGUGUAGUGCAGUACCUUGGUAGGUACAGUACAGUUGU